AUGGCAGAACCAACUUACAUCUCGUGCUUUCGUCUUGAGUUUUAUUUUGGGGAUUAUAUCCAGGCGUUGCAUAACGUCUUCGGACCACACAUAGUUGUUCUCCAUUGUAAAGUCUUCUCCGAUGCGCAACGAGUGCAACACUUAACGGCGCCGUUUCCGACAUUGUGUCACAAGAUGAAGAAGCAGUCGACAUAUGAUUCUCUCUCUCUUCGUUUUGGAUGUAGGUACCGGGGAUGUAGAGCACCGAAAAGUAAUGGAGCUCUGUCUGCAAAAGGAGAACAAAUCAACCCAAUCGAAGCAAUCCCUCCCCUAUUGAAGAUUGAACGAGAGAUCGUUAGUGGUUCUAAAAUUGUGAAUGAAGAAAGAAAGUCCACGAAAAGGGAUGUCUCAAAUCCUCUAUUCGUUAACCAUGCAGAAUUGGCUUGGCAUGAGAUGAGAAGAGCUUGGGUUGGUGAUGGAUCUCAAACAUCACAUACCAAGUUUAGACAGCCCAUUCUCAGUUGGACUACAAGUUUUGAAGAUUUGCUCUCAUCUGGUGAAACAUUCCCUGAGCCGAUUCCAUUAGCUGAUGUGGUGGAUCUUUUAGUUGACAUCUGGAUCGAAGAAGGAUGCAAUCAUGCAAAUUGUGUAUUGGUAAGUUGUAUAUAA